AGACGCUGUGGGCAAUUCGUAUAAAUAGGCAGGAGUGGACAGUGUGAGACAUCAGUUUUGUAUCGAGCGCCAGGCGACGUACUAGGCUACUUCCGGCAACUCCGUGUGGAAUUACUUUGCGAACGUAGCAGUUGUGCGGUAUCUGCAACAUAUAUAUAUACUGAAGGAGAGCAGGAGCCAAUAGGCGUUUUCAUAAUUCAGAGAAGCAACAGCGAUGCGAUUAUUUGUGGUUUCGGUGCUCAGCUUGUUAGCGGCUAGCAGUAGCGCUAAUGCGGCCGCUGUCGCCGGUUAUCCAUAUCGUGCGGAAUUACUAGCUUACAGCCCAGCGCGUGGUGAAUUUACCGCAGUGAAUGCAUUAGCACCGGACUAUGCGCACUAUAUCAAUCAACAGAAUGCGGCGCAACUAUUCGGUUACAGAUAUCCAGAGCCGAUUGGAAGCAGAAGAAUCACUAAUGAAGAAUAUUUAAAUCAACUCGCCAAAGGUACACUGAAGGAUGAGACUGAGCUUAUAAAAAAGCGCGAUGAACACUUUCGCUUAUGGGCCGUACAAGUGUACGAUCAAUAUAGACAGGAACUGGAACGCCUAAAAGCGGUGGGUAAAGAGCCUACAGCUGAUAUGCUUGCGAAAAUCAACGCAUUCGAGGUUGUAUUAACAGCGCCGAAAAGUGACCCUAGUCAAGAAAGUUCAAUAAUAAAGCAGCUACGCGAGGAGCAUUUACGCUUCUGGAAUGAGUCACGACGCCAAGCGAUGCUGGCUCUGCAGCAGGAAGAGCAAGGCAAAACGCAGCAAACUGGCGCUGGUGCAACAGCGACGAAGACGACAAUUUAUUCACUAGACGCAGGCGAAAAGUUGUCCCAAAAUGCACCAACACAGGCUGUAUUCUUAAGUGAAACAGCCGAACAGAAGAAGGCGCGUGAAGAGCAUUUGCGCAUCUAUCAGGAGCAAGUGCAGCGCGUGCAAGCCUUACAGGCGUCAGCUGGAAAAGCAAGCGACAGCAGCAGCGUACAGUUACCAAAAGUGGCGCGUAUUGAGUAUACGGCACAGCAAGGCGUACAGCAGCCGGUACAGGGUGUAACAAUAGUUGAGAAUUUAAGUUAUUUGCAGGAGACACCCGAAGUACAGCGUGCGAAGGCGGAACAUUUGCGCUUGUGGAAUGAGGCGAAAUUGCGCGCAGAGAAAGAUGAGAAAGAAGGCAAGAAGUAUGAAGAAAAGCAGCUGCAAAGUCAGAGCAGCGCACAAAAGCUCACACAAAAGACAGCGGAAACUCAGAAUCUCGAACAGUCGGCCAAUACCUAUUUAGAGCAGCAAAAACAAUUGUCAGAUGCGUUUAAAAGCGAUACGUUGAGCACCUUCGCGCCGACCAACGAGCAAAAGCCAGAACAAACGCUCACAUCUGUGAAAGACACGCCGGAAGUGCAACGCGCACGCGAAGAGCAUUUGCGCGAAUUCGAGAAAAUGAUAAAUAAAGUAUUCGUUGCACCUUUAACUAGUGAAAACACAUUUAAACUGUCGGCACAAGAGCCUGCGUCCACGCAGACACUACAGCAAAGCGCGCCAGCAGCUACUGCAAAAUCAGAUAUUUAUCAGAGUGAGCCGCAAUUGUAUGCCGGCGUGCAAGAAACGGCUGAGGUGCAGCGCGCACGUGAAGAGCAUCUCAAGCUGGUGAAGGCGGCACAAUUGAAGGCGAGUCAGACAAGCCAAACGGAAAAGGCGCAACUUGAAACUGAAAUAAAACCCUUGUUAUAUGACGCGUCAGUUGAUAAAUUUGCGGAGCAAUCUGCUGAUGAAGAAGCGCGUUUACGCGCAGAAGAGGCAAAGCAGCGUGAAGCUGAACUUUUGUCCGAAACUGAGCGCUUAAGAGAAGAACAACGUUUGCAAGCUAAAGAACUGCUGCGCUUGCAACAAGAAGAGCAACGUCGCCAAGAGCAGGAACGUUUGGAGCAGGCAAAUGAAAAUAAGGAAGCAGAGCACAACGCUGAAAAAUCACAAUUACCGAUUACGGCGCCUCCAAAAGAUACGCUUGAAUCAUUAAUACAAUCACAAUACCAGUCGGAUCCGGCUGUUACAUAUGAUAUACGCGAUACGGAAAAAUAUGCGACCAAUCCGUAUUUAUUACGUUAUGCUGUACCCGGCGGUAAUGUCAAACAGAUCGCCACGCCCAUAGCAACUACUGCCUACUAUAUAGGCGCUCAGAAACCCGCGCAACAGCAAGGCUAUGCUAACCCCGCCGUUUACUAUUUGCGUGACGCUAAUGAAGGUUAUCUCAAAUUGGAUAAUCCCUACUUCUUGCAUUACAUAACCAAUCAACAGGGUGGUAAGGAUACGCCAGCAACAGCCGAAGCGGCGUCUCUGGCUUCCGCGCUAUCCGCCUUGCAACAGGCGCAAAAGAUUGAACAGCCAAUCGCUGCAACUUUCGACCAGAAAACAAUUACACCGUUCAUUCCGAUUGCACCCGUUGCUCCCAGUGUACCCAGUGCACCCACUACACCACUAGCGCCAGCCGCACCCAUACUUCCAAUUGCACCGUUCGCGUCGAAUGCCGACAAUAUGAAAAUUGUCUAUGGCAAUGAUGCCGCUUUGGCUGCUUUGGAGAAGGCGACACGUGAGCAUUUUCGUGCGCACGAAAUCGCUUUGGAGCAAUUGCGUUUGGCCAAUCAGAAACAGUCGCCGUCGCAGAAAGAUUGCUAUUGAGCACUAUAACCGCGUUACUCAAAGUCUUUGAUACUUGAAUACAGAGAAAAAAUUUUAAUUUUCAUGAAAGUUUGUUUAGAAUUCAUAAGAAUCAUAUAUAUGUGUACUCUUACAUUGAGUUCUCUCCUGUAGGUAUUGUAAGUUGUAAUUUUUACUUUCUAUUUUGUAAUUUA